AUGGGGUCGGCGAACCUGCUCUCCAGGAAGAAGCUGGUCGGCCACAUCGCCCGGCGCCGGCUGCAGUGCGUGGCGAGCGUCCAAAGAAGCAACGCGCCCGCGGCCGCCCAGCCCCUGAGUGACGCGGCCUCGGGCUGCACAGACCUCGUGCUCGCCCCACGGGCCGCCGAGGACGCCUCGCUCGCCGUCCAGCGCGACGAGUGGGCCAGGGCUGAAGCCCUGCGCGCGGGGCUACAGGGCAUCAUCGGCAGCGUCCGUGAGGUGCUCGACCGCGAGGCCGCGGAGUCGCCCGCGCCGCUGGCGCAGGAACUCGCCCGAGAGUGCGCGGACCAGCUGCGGCGGGCGGAGGAGGCCGCGCAGCCCCGUGAGGUCCACAUCCCGCUGUUCGGGACCACCGGCGCAGGCAAGAGCACGCUGCUGAACGCCCUGCUCGCGGAGGAGGUGGUGCCCACGUCGGGCUGGCGCGCCUGCACUUCGGUGCCCGUCGAGCUGAAAAGCGUGGGUGGCGAGGGCCCCUUCGAGGGCGAAGUGCACCUGAAGAGCCCCGCGGAGUGGUCGCGGGAGGUGGAGGACUUCCUGACGGACCUUUUGAUGACAGAUCGGACGCGGGUGAACCGGCGGGAGCCCGUGCGAGAAGGCGAGCCGACGCCGGGGCAGGUGGCCUGGGACACGCUGUGCGCGGUGUACCCCGAGGCCUUCCGCGGGCCGCGCCACUCGCAGCCGUGGCCGAGUUUGGCGGCCGCGGCGUCUGAUCUGCGGAAUACCAGGAACAGGGUGACCUCGCAGCACGCCGUGUCGCAGCUCCUGCGCUUCGCGGACGGGAAGGCUGCGGCGGUGGCCUGGCAGGUCCUUGAGUACGUGGACAGCCCGGACGCAGAAGGGGUCGCUUCCUUUUGGCCCCUCGUCAAGCGUGUGCGGAUCACGGGGCCGUUCGGCGCCCACCCCGCGGUCGUCCUGGUGGACGCCCCCGGCGUGCAGGACGCGAACAGCGCGCGCGGCGCCGUCGUCAAGCAACUGCUCGAGGAGGCCGGGGGGGUCGUGAUCGUCUCCGCCAUCAAGCGAGCGGCCAACGAGAAGGUUGCCCAGGAGAUGCUCGGCGAGCGCUUUCGACGGCAGCUGCUCAUGGACGGGCAUUACGGCGGAGCACUGGCUUUCGUCGCGACCUGCACGGACGAACUGACACUCUCGGAGCUCCGGCGCAACCUUCAGAUCGACGAGAGCGUUGGCCAGCUUGACGCCGCGAAGCACAGGAACCUGAAAACGAAACAGAAGAUCGCGAAGGACUGCUACGCGGGGCUUCGCAGAGUCCAGCAGCAGGGGGAGAUGCGACCUCGACCGACGCCGAGCUCCGGAGGAGCGGCGUCGCUCCCGCGGUGUUCACCACCUCGGCCCGCGAUUACCAGAAGCUCCGCGGGCUGCUCGACACGGGCAUAG